AGAACCCAAAUAGUAAGAUAUGUUACUGUUUAUUAGUGUUUUAAGGGGGUUGACACCAGCACAGUCCAAAUCUGUAAAAGUAAGUUUUAUGUUGUACUGGCUUGUCCCAGACAGGUAAAUAUCUUCUAUGUUUUGCCCAAAUGGCAAAUUCAAUCCAAAUUGGACUCAAGCAGACAAUGUCAUACCGUUUAUAUUUUUGCUUGAUGUUUUUCUCGCCUUGGCUUUUGUAUUUGCAACUGAAGGGAAAUGAACCAGUGAGGUUAACUUUUGUGUGUUACAUUUUUGUCAGACUCCCUUUUGUCUUGAGAAUUUUAUAUAACAUUAUAUUCAUUUAAAGCUGCACCAAUGUUGUGUCUUAGUAUAAUAGUGUGUUGAAAAAAUACAAAAAGAACAAGGGGGAAGAGUUUCAUGACAAAAUGCAUGAACUAUAAUGUGAACAUGUAACAGCAAUUCUGCCUUCAUAAUAAUGCUCAGUUUGAGGUCUGUUAAUAUUUUGGUUGUAGUUCAUAGCUGUUUGAAUUGCUUGAUUUACUGCAAAAAUAUGAGAUGCCACUGCAAACGACUACCGCUGUAAUGCACAAUUUGUUAAAUGAAUCCCUCCAGUGAUAGUGUUAAUCAAAAUGUACUAUUUUUGUGUAAUCUGAAUUGAUAAUCUUAUUGCUCUUGAUUGUGCAGGUUUACUGGAGGAAUUGAUUGGUGAGUAAAUAUACCAUUGUUUACCUAUAUACAGUAUAUAUAGUAAUGUAUACACUGUAUGUAAUGUACUGUCUUUGUCACUAGCAGAUGUUUAUUUGGCGAACAUGUUUAUUUGCUAAUUGAUGAUCCAUGCUUUUAUUCUGAAAACACACUCUGGAAGUUUUCAUUUCCCACUUUUGUGAGCUUGACAGUUGGAACUAAUAUUAAACUGGAGAGAGAGAGAGGUGCUUCGCAUCCCCAAGCUGCUUCCAGGGUGGGCUCCACUUUCCACAGGCUUCUCGCCGGGUGGACUGCAACAUGCAGCGACUGCGCUCCCGAGGGGUUUUCCUCACCCUGUGCUUAGCUCCUGCAGCGCUAACAAGCCUGCACCCUGAAUGCGAGUUCAUCUUCCAGCUGGAGAAGGACGAGCGCCGCUGCCUGCGCUCCAUUGCCGAGCAGGGAAACACAAGUGCACAAGGUUGUCAAGCAUUCUGGGACACAGUGGUGUGUUGGCCUCAAGCUGCUGUUGGGGAAACGGUGCACAGUGCUUGUCCUGCUGUGUUUUCCCUAUUCAGAAACAACACUGGGCUAGUGAGCCGAAAUUGCACCGAUGGAGGUUGGUCCAAGCCCUUCCCGCCAUACCACGUCGCAUGCAGCGUGGACGAUGACAUACCGGAGACAGAGCAGACUUACUUUGCCACAGUGAAAGUGAUCUACACCAUCGGGUACAGCAUCUCUCUGCUGGUGCUGACAGCUGCUGUGGUCGUCCUGCUGCUCUUUCGGAGGCUCCGUUGCGCCAGGAACUUCAUCCACGUCCAACUCUUCCUCACGUUCAUCCUGAAAGCCGCGGCGGUGUUUAUCAAGGACGCCACUCUGUUCUCCAGCGACGACACCAACCACUGCACCCUCUCCACCGUAAGACAAGAGGCCAUCGACUGUAAUAACCUGUUUCCUCUCAUGCUCAUUAAAUAGGGCUCCUGGUAAUUCCUCACCCCUCUGUGCUGUUCAUCCUUCUGAUGGUCCCAGUUUGCCUGUAAGGCCGCCGUGGUCUGUUGUCACUAUUGCGUCAUGGCCAAUUUUUUCUGGCUCCUGGUGGAGGCGCUCUACCUCAAUUCCCUGCUGCUCGCCUCCUUUUACUGCAGCCGCCGGUGCUUGUGGGGAUUCAGCCUGCUGGGAUGGGGUGUUCCUGUGUUCUUCAUUGUGCUGUGGAUUGGGUCCCGGGUGUAUUUUGAAAACACAGAAUGCUGGGACAUCAAUGACGACUCACUCUAUUGGUGGAUCAUCAAGGGCCCGAUCGUGCUGUCCAUUGUGGUUAAUUUCAUGCUCUUCGUCAACAUCGUCCGAAUUCUGAUCCAGAAGCUGAGCCCUCGUCUGAUCCAGUUCAACAACUCCUCACGGUACAGACGCCUGACCAAGUCCACCCUGCUGCUUAUCCCUUUGUUUGGCACCCACUACAUGUUCUUCAAUUUCCUGCCCGACUACUUUAACGUAAACCUGCGACUCUGUGUGGAGCUCUGCAUCGGAUCCUUCCAGGGGCUGCUUGUCGCAAUCCUCUACUGCUUCCUCAAUCAAGAGGUGCAAAAAGAGGUGCACUUUCAGUGGCUGAGGUGGCAGGAGAGGAGCUAUGGUGUGGUUUCCCCUGCAGCAAAGGGCAGCAUGAUGGAGACACCCUUCUAGACGUGGCGCCGCAGGACACAAAAACACAUGCACACAAACACAUUAUGUUGCUCUGCUUCAAGACUUACGUGGAAGCCUCAUUAGUCAAACUGAACAUUGGUGAUUUAGUUGAAUAGAGAGCCCAAUUUAAAGACUAAAGCCAUCUAUUAAUAAUCAAAUGUUUUUUAUUUAUUUAUUUAUAUAUAUAUUUUUUUCAGUAUUUUUUAUUUUUUAAAUAAACUUUCAAUUAUUCAACCAAUAUCGAUUUGA